UGGGCACGCUCGAAUUGAAAUGCUUACCACUCGAAUAUUCUGACCAUCAACCUUACUUACUCGCAUGAUCAACGCAGCAGUUACCGCUUUUGACUCCAGAUCUCACAUCUUCUUUCACGUCUACCUAGUGACAUGAUGCAAAUCUGUACACGACAUGAACCGGUCCAGAUCCUUACCUUGCUUUGUUCCGCUUUCUCGACCCCCUUGGAUGACAGCUCGGCCAUUUCUACUUCCGGUCGAACAAGGUCAACAAAGAAUAUCAGCACCACAAUAGACCGUCUCGUUGUGUCCCGCCUAGUGUGCAUAUUUCUAAUUUUCACUCUACAUAUUUGGCCAUCCACCAACCAUCAUGGCGUUUGGAAAAACUGAUUCGAGUGGAUUACCACAGGGCACCUGGCUUGGUGGCCACUACCUAGGCAAAGGAGGUGACGGUACCUUACAUUACUGGACCAAAGUGGGCGAGAACCGAAAGAUCAUCGACCGUAUGGUCAUCAAAGACCUAUAUAGUCGCGAGUCAACCAUGGAACCGUCAGAGUACCGGGCUAUAUACGACGAUCUCGUUGCCAAAGGUAUGGACUUUGGAGCUGUCGCCCCUGGGUCAUCCGGUCCAUCUUUACCAGAACAAAGAUUCUUCAGGGAAGCAUACUUGCAGGCUUUGUUCACUGAUCCCUCUGGAGCUUCCACUUAUACCGUUCCUCUAAGAGGCUAUAAGAGAGGACAUAGUGACACUGGCCGAGGCACUCAUUGGCGCGUGUACAUGGAUCUGUUGCACGCCGGUGACCUUGAGAAUUUCAUGCGAAAGCAUAAUGACGCCGAUGGUGAAUCAAUACCCUUCCCCGAGCCCUUCAUCUGGUGGACCUUAUAUUGUCUCGCCAAAGCUUUGGUGGACCUGGACCAGCGUGUACAGACAAAGCUAGGUCCACGUUCUGCGGAGGGCGAAGUCGUCGUAAUGAUAGACAUGAAGCUACCCAACAUGUUACUGGAUGCUAAAAGAGGCUCCGAAUAUCCUCUCUAUCCGAAACCUCUCGUUUCCGACUUUGGAUCGGCGCAUAUCUUACACAAGGCAGAUCCGAGAAGUAAAAAAGGGGGAAUAAAAUUACAUGCUACCGACGGAUACUGGGCUCCUGAAAUGGACGUUAUCGAGGGCGUGGAUCGAGCCAUAAACGAGCCUCUACAUUCUUGGACCAAUGUAUGGCAAGCUGGUAGAGUCAUAGAGUUCAUGAUGGUUAAGGCGUCCACGGCGAAUGAGGGGACCUACGGGGACUCAAACAUCAAAAAGUACCCUCCUGAGUUUGACGAGUUUCCAAAUUUCAGAUACAGCAACGAGCUGAUCGAGAUCGUUUGGCGUUGCCAACUCUUUGAUCCAAAGGCCCAACCUACCCCUGCCGAGCUUCUGCUCUACAUUGAACAGCAUGCACCUGCUCUUAACAAGGGCAUGGACACAUGGGGCUCCGCGAACUGGAUUGCAGCGCAGAAACUUAUCAAAGGAGCUCCCACAUUUGUCGAAGUGAUCGGGAGAGAUGAAAGGAUUCGCAAGCGUAUACGGUCGGGCAAACUAUCGUUCCUCAAGAACUUCGAAGAUCAAGCAUUGGCUAAAGAAUAUGCUAAUUUGGAGAUGGAUCCUCCAGAUGAUUGCCUUCUUGCAUAUCAAGGUGGAGCCGACCCAGCUAGACUCGGGAUGGAAGGGAAGGAACCAGUGGCAGGUGAUGACGCUGAUUGGUGAUUCAUCAAAGCACAUUAUCUAAAUCAAGGUCGUCCAAGUUCUCUCACCUCCCAAUAUAUACUCAGGUCUAUCAGUUUCCACGCAAGUACUGCUGUGAUGGUGUCGUGGCACGCUUUGGCCAAGACCACACGAGUCGAUCUGUUCUGGUGGUGCUCGAUGCUAGUGGCGGAGAAUGCUGGCACUGCAUAGCUCAAAACAAGCACAAUCAAAAACAUAUAUCGA